ACAUCAAAGUGCGUCACCCUGGACAGGGGGCUUUUUUCAGGCGGGAGGCAGAAGCCGGAAAAAUGGCAGCGCCCAUGCUUAGAGCUGUUCUAUGCGGAAUACGGAGCAGCCGAGCACUUAGUACUACUGCUGUGCUGUGCAAACUGGGGGUACCACUGGGGCCAAUGCCUAAUGAAGAUAUAGAUGUCAGCAACUUGGAGGCAUUGGAAAAGUAUCGCACCUUUCGUCGCUACUUCAAGGUAGCAGAAAAAGAGAGAAAGAAACUUCAUUGGUGGCCAACCUACAAGAAACACAUUACUCCAAAGCAAGAUGAAGAGGCAAAGAUAGACAUCGGCUUACCUUAUCGUCGUAAGCGAUUUGCAAACAUACUUAAAGAAAGAAAAGCUAUAAGAAGACAGAAUUUGACCAGUGUGGAAUUGGAAAGAGCAUCUCGUCUCAGGACACUGUUGAUUCCACUUGAUGAUGUUAAAGCUGAAUGGGAGAGAACCAGUGGCCCGCACCACAAGCAGCGCAUAGCAGAAUACUGUGGACUGUACCGCGACUUGUUUGAUGAUGCCACUUUUGUUCCCAGAGUUCUUCUAAGGGUGGAAUAUGACCAUGAUGAGGAAUAUGUCAUGCCUGUGUACCAUGGGAAUUUAGUGACACCCACAGAGGCUCUUAACCCUCCCAGAGUCAUAUUUGAAGCAGAAGAAGGAUCGUUGUGGACCCUGCUGCUCACUAACCUGGAUGGGCACUUGCGUGACACCAAUAUGGAGUAUGUCCACUGGCUGGUGACCAACAUUCCAGGCAACAAAAUAGAGGCAGGCAAGGAGACUUGCCAUUACUUCCCACCAUUUCCCGCCAGAGGAACAGGAUAUCACCGUUACGUCUUCCUUCUCUUCAAACAGACACAGCCCAUUGAUUUCACUGAUGAUAUGAGGCCAAAACCAUGUCACAGCCUCAAGAUGAGAACCUUCAGGACAUUUGAUUUCUACAAGAAGCAUCAGAGAGACAUGACACCAGCAGGGCUGGCGUUUUUCCAGUGCCAGUGGGAUGAUUCCGUCACACAUAUUUUUCAUCAGCUUCUUAACAUGAAGGAGCCAGUGUUUGACUUUGUGCGGCCCCCUGUGUAUCACCCCCCGCAGAAGAAAUUUCCACACCUCCAGCCUCUGAGGUACCUGGACAGGUACAGGGACAGUGAUGAGCUAACCUAUGGCAUUUACUGAGAGGCCUGACAUUCCUUUUCAAAGAGCUUCUGGCAGAGGAGUCACAAUACAAUCAAGAACCACAAAGAACAGUUCUUGUGUCUGACUGGGGAACGGCAGUGUAUGGAUCAUGGCAGGCUUUGAUUCAGCUCACCAUUUCUUACUCAUCGCUUGGAAGAGGGAACGCUUAUGUCCACUCUUGAAUGCAUCAGAAAGUUUGUUCAAAGUGUUCAUUACAGUGAAGAAGCCUAGCUGUGCUAACAAAUUCUGGACUAUUCCGGACCUGAAUAUCUGCCCUGAGGAAUCAAAUACCAUUCAUAAUACCAUUCAUUCUGCAGAUUCAAAUACCGUUCAUAAUUUGCUGCCAGCAAAGCAGUCUGCUUUAUCCCUCAACAGUAGAACUGUUUCAGCAAAAUACUUCCAUCUGAAUUGGAUCAGAUGAAACAAAAAAUCUUGCUAAGCAUUCAGUCAGUGCUGAAAUGCUGGACUAGGUGUUCUCUUUCAAGUAUUGAAUAAAUAUGCUUUUAAAAAUCA